GCCUACGAUUUUUCGGUUUUGUACAUGCAAAAUGGGUAACUUUUUUGAUUUCGAGGGCUGUGUUUUGAAAGGCCGCCUAGGCAAGAUGACCAAUGCAGGUUAAACAAAAAAAAAAGUGCAACUUCAAAUCUCUUUCUUUCUUUUGAAUUGACGGUAUUUAUCAUCCGAUGGAUCAAUGGCGUUCGCUUGUUGACAAGGGUUUUGAUAACGAUACCUUUGCAUCCGACUUUAUUCUGUUUCUUGAAGGUUGCGGCCGCAUCACCCCCGAAGGAUACUCCGUGACCUGUACCAACAAUGCCUACGAGCCUUUACUGUACGAUUUGAACUUCUCACGCGUAGCAGACCAUACUUUCGUACUAAACUUGACCCAGUGGCAAGAAUACAUCAAUGUCAAAAACACCGCUCGCAGAGAAUGGCAUGCACAACAACAAAUGCGAUCACGACAACAAUUAAACGUUGUACUAACAGAAACGCAGCCGAUCCCUAACCUGAGCGAACAUCAGCGCUUGCAGCUUGUGAAAGAAUUUGCGCAGCGACAUGAGAUCAAUGUCGGUUCUGUACCUUUUGUCCGCGGAUUGGUGGGCUUCCUACAAUAUCAGCUGUUCAAAGGUCAACUGGCGGAAUGGCGGGUUAGUGAAUACGUGCUGACCCAAAAUGGCGAGAAUAAUUUGAAAGACUAUGUCAACCUACUACGCGGAGUGCUCGGGUUGGAAGUUAUUUAUCGCGACGACGACAACGUUGCCAUCACAAUGGACGUCGAUAAUAACGGCGAUGCAGGAGAGCAGUACAUUGUUUGGCGUAUGAAUUCCUGGUUAUCCGAUGACCAGUUGUCUCAAAUUCUUCGCCGCUUUCCUCGCCAGACACAAUCUCCUGAUGCUUAUAACUUAUCCGAGUUCCACCGUGAUGAUGCCUUUAUCUCUCAAUCCAACUCUCAUUCAAUAUGGCAUUGGAUACGUUCCAUGGUCCAUUACUGUAUCUCCAUCUUACGUAGACUUCUCUAGGCUCUUCUUUCACCAAAAUUCCCCUGUAUCCCAAAUUUUUCCCGCACGAUCCAUAUCAUUAUACAGCAAAGUUUUACGACUAUUUAUCACCAACAAAUCGAUUUUCUUUUUAAAGAAAAAGCCAUCCAUUCCCAGGCUGAUCAAGACAUUCUGCAUAUCAUUUGCUUUGAUCCUAUCUACAGUAUAGAUGAAGUUGGUUAAUACUUUAUGUAUUAGAUGAUAUGAAGUCAGUAGAAUAGAUUUGUUCGAGAGAUACGUGUCUCUGAUUAGGACGAUCCCAUGUGACAAAUAAAGCGGAUCGCGAUGAAUCCGAAUUAACAGAGACAGAUCACAGUUUCUGGAUCAC